AUGCUCUUCUCAGCCCCUCCCUAAAUUACCUGGUUCUACUUAUUUAAGCUGUACAAAGCAAGCGACAAAGGUAACUAUCAAUCUUACGGCUCAUAAGGUAAGUUCAGUAUUUACAAGGGAGUCAUGUGGCUGCAAAAAGAUCAUUCUAUUCAAUUUAAAUUACAAAAAAUUUAUUUCUUUAUUUAUAAGGUUUUUUUAUUGGAAAAUAUCAGGCAUUAAAGUCAUAAUUGUUCAUGCAUUACAAUUGUUAAUAGAUUACAUAGAUUACAUAGUUUUAUUGUUUCCACCAGUAUGAGCCAUUAGACACAAGGAACAUCAAGUUCUUGAUAAGGCAGUAGUGUGAGUCGAAAUAACAUUAAUGGCUGUUUACUUGUGGUGGAGCAUUUGUUAGAAAGCCUGUCUGUAAUUUUUAUGCUUUUUUGGUAAAUAUCUUAGUUUAAAAUAACAUAACAUAUAACUAAUGCUUGAAUAUCGGAGAGGAGUUGAAGGUACCGACUGCUCGUCUCGCCUCAAGAACCAGUGAUAUUGUGAUUGCGAAUUCUGAUUUUAUUUUCUUGAGAAGUGUUCAUUUACAUUGUUGUUUGUUGAGUCUAAUUUGUACGGCGUCUGUCUUGUGUUUGUAUGUAAUGGACCCAGGGAGUCCAUAUGUCCGAUAGUAGGGAGUAUUUGUGUGUUUUGGUAUAGUGGAUAUCUUCCAUUAGGUGGGUAGAUUCGACUCUCUGAAUCCAUUCUCUAAUUGUGGGAGCUCUCGAUUGUUUCCAGAGUGUGGGUAUGAGGGCAUUUGCUGCUAUCAGUAGGUGGGUAAUCAGUGAUCUUGUGGUUUAGGCAUAGGUUCAGGCAAAUGGAGAAAGAGUAUGAGUUCGGGUUUGGGGUAUAUUUUAAUGUUUGUUAUUAGAUGUAUCAUCUUUAAUAUUUUGGACCAGUAUUCUGUGAUGAUCGGUCAGUGCCACCAUAUGUGGCCUGGGGUGCUGGCAGGUUGUCCACAUCUCCAACAGGAGUCAGAAACAUUUGGGAAGAUCUUGUUUAAUUUCAUAGGUGUUAGGUGCCAGCGCAUUAUCCGCUUGUAGUUGCCCUCUUGAGAUUGUGUACUAAGGCAUGUUUUAUGGAUUCUAAGAAAUAUGUUUGCCCGGUCCUUUGGGGAGAUAUGAAUGUUAAGUUCUGAUUCUCAGGAGUUGGUGAAUUUGGGUAGCGGGUGUUUAUUGUCAAUUGUUAGUAGUUUGUACAUAGUAGAUAGUUGUUUGGUUUUUAUCUUGGUGGAUGUGCAGAGUUUUUCAAAUUUUGUGAGUUGUCUUUUUCCCUCCGUUAGUUCUGGAUGGGAUGAGAGAAAGUGUGCGAGUUGCCUUUGUUGGUAGUGUUGUAACGCUGUCUGGUUAGUGUCUCUCAUUGUGGUGGUGAAUUUCUCGGCAUGUCGGGCCUGCAGCGUUGAUUGUAAUGUAAGGUAAUGUGUGGCUUGUACCGAAGCGAAGGAGUAUUGGAAUGCUCCUGGUGGGAAUUGUGGGUUGCGGGUAAUCGGAUAAAGUGGGGAUGGGUGAGGGGCUAUAUUAGGUGACAUUCUAAUUUUUUCCCAUAGCUUAAGAGUUGGAGUAAUUGUAGGGUGGUGGUUGUGUAGUGGUGUUAGUGAUAGAUUACCUUUUGUUUGCCAAGGGAUAGUAUAGAUAGGGUGUGUGAAGGCGGCGUUUUCUAAUAACACCCAUUGUGUGCUGUUUGUGGGUAUUGUCCAAUCAUAGAUUCUGGAGAGCAUAGCUGCUUGAUGGUAAAGUUCUAUGUCCGGGAGACUUAGGCCUCCUUGGUGUUUAUGUGCUGUUAGUAGUUUAAAUGGUAGUCAUGGGUGGUUAUGAGACCAGAUAAAACGGGCGAAUUGUUUUUUAAUUUCUGCGAAGAAGAUUUUUGGUAUUGCUACAGGAAUGGUUUGUAAGAGAUAUAGGAGUUUCGGUAGUAUGUUCAUCUUGUUUAUGUUUAUACGGCACAGCCAUCCAAAGAUAGGCUUGUGCCAUCUUGUUAGGUCCUUUGAAAUUGUUUGUAGAAGGGGAGGGAAGUUUAGGUCGUAUAAUUGGGUUAAACGUAUAGAUAGGUGAAUCCCUAGGUAUUUAACUGCCUUUGGUGCCAAAAUAAACUGGUAGGAGUGUUGCAAAAUAUCUUUAGUGGAUGUUGAAAUGAUUAGAAGUAGGAUUUCGCUUUUAGUGAAGUUGACCUUAAAGUUUAAGAGGUGUUGGUAUAGGGAGAUUUCCUUUAAGAUUUGUGGCAUGGAGGAUUUUGGAUGUGUGAGAGUGAAAAGAAGGUCAUCGGCAAAUGCCGCUACUUUAUAUUCUGUAUCCUUCACUACUAUGCCAUGGACGGAUGUGUUGUCUCUAAUGCCUUGAAGAAAGGGUUCCAUGAUCAAGACAAACAAUAAGUCUCGUGCUGUUGGGAUAGUGAGGGGUUCUAAAAGUUGACUGUUGAUCCUAAUUCGUGCUCGGGGUUUGGAAUAUAUAGAUUUUAGCCAUUGAGACCAGUUAGUGCCGAAUCCCAUAGUCUUUAGUGUGGCAAAUAUCAAGGACCAGUCCACCCUAUCAAAUGCCUUUUCGGCGUCUAUUGAUAGGAGUAGGCUUUCUGAUUGUGAUUGAUGUGCUAAAUGCAUUAGAUUGAUCAGUUUUGUGGUGUUGUGUUUGGCUUCUCUUCCGGGGAUGAAACCUGCUUGGUCGGGGUGGAUCAGGUCUUGUAAUAGAGGACGUAAUCUGGUAGCUAGAAUUUUGGUGAAGAGUUUGAGGUCCGUAUUGAUUAAUGAAAUAGGGCAGUAGUUACCGCAUAGAGAGGUGUCUUUACCCGGUUUGGGAAUUAGGGUUAUGUGCGCUUCCAGUGCUGCAUCUAGAAGGGUUGGGUUUGUGGUGAGGGAGUUGAAAGCCUUAAUGAAUGGGUUGGUGAGUGUGUCUGAGAAUAUUUUAUAGUAUUUGACUGUGUAGCCAUCUGGGCCUGGACUUUUUCCAAGAGGGGAUUGCUUGGUCGCUGAUAAGAAUUCAUCUGGUGUUAUUGGUGAUUCCAAAUGUAGUAAUAGGUUUUGGGGUAUUGUUUGUUUUAUUCGAGGGGUUAAGUAGUGUUCUAGUUCUAGAGCUGUUGGAGUGGAAGAUCGAAUGUUAUAGAAUUCUGUGUAGAACCUCUGGAAUUCACGUAGUAUGUCUGUGAUUUUAAGUGAUAUGUGUCCUGAUCGUGUUUUGAUCUUGGAUAUAAAUGUAGUUUGUCUCGUGUCUUUAAGUGAGUUAGCUAGGAGGCGUCCACAUUUGCCUCCUUUAGAGUAGUAAGAGUAUUUGGUGAACGUCAUUUGUUGUUUAAUUUGGGUGUUCAUCAGCUUUUGCAGUUCCGUUCUUUUUUCCGUUAAUAGUUUGUAUGUUAUUUAAAUUAAUUUUAAGAGGUUCAAAUAGCCAACAAAAAAGUUAACUAUUGGUUAUUUAUAGUCCCUCAGUAAUCUAUUCUCAGUCCCCCAGUUAGCUAUUCCUAUCCCAAUAAUCAAUUUUUGUAUUCCGAGUUCCCACUUGCUCUCCCCAGUUAUCUUUUACUAAUCCCAAUUAUCUUUACCCAGCCAAUCCCUAGUUGUAUGGGACUCACCUAAUAAAGGGACACUAUAUAGGCAUCUAGUGCCAGGGAAGUGGAAUGGGGGCGGGGCCAUCAUGGCAGACCUGUGAGGAACUGAAAUAAAGGUACGUUUUUACCAUAUUUAUGGGGGCAAUGGGGUUGGCAACCUAAAUAAACAGGGUCAUAAAUACACGUUUGUAUUCAUAAGCUGCCUUCAAAAUGGAUGCUGUCCAGGAGGUGGGAGGGUCUGGGAGGGAGGGUCUGCUGCAGAUUGGCCAGGAUGUGUCUGCUGACUGGAGUCCGCUGCAAUUGGUUCGUGGCGAACCGUGGCGAACCGUUCGCGAACUGUUCGUGAAAAGUUUGCGACAUCACUAAACCUAAAUACUUAUUUUACAACUAUAGUGCCAGGAAUACAUGUUUGUGUUCCUACCACUAUAUAGAGUUCCUUUAAUCACACGCAGGGUCAUGAAGGCUAUCAACAAAGACAAAGACACGAGAUAAGUAAUUAAAAAAAUUAAACGACUGUGCAAUAAAGGAAGUUUAAACAUUAGAUGACUCUUACUGGGAGUGUUUAGCAAGGCUGUGUAAGUCACAUGCAGGGAGGCAUGACUAUGGCUAUAUACAUUUUUUUUUUAAAUUUAACUCCUAAAUGGCAGGUAAUUAAACAGUGAGACUGCCUGGGGAAUAAUCUAUACACCAAAACUGUUUCAUUUAGCUUAAGUUGUUUUGCUGACUAUAGUGUCUCUUUAAGAAUAGAAAAGACAACAGAGCACUUCUCUAAACAAUGAAGGGUUAAUUAGUCUAGAUGUGCUUGCACACACAGUCAGAUUGGAAUUGUGACGGCAUAGAGCACACACCCUAUGGCAUGUCAAGAGAAACAAAACAAGAAAGACAAAAAUGAAAAGGAGUUUUGUUUGGGUAAAAUAGAACUCGAGGAAGGGAGGACAGAAACAAAAGAUAUAUUUUAUUAGAAUAUUUGGCAAUGCUGCUGGAGGGGUUAAUCACUAGACAUCAGCAGUUUGAUGGCUUGUCUUUUGUUGCUAAUUACGGAAGAUGUAUGCAAGAAUUAUAUAUAUAUAUUUAUUUUUUGUUUAUAGCUCUGGAAAACCACUGGGGUUAUUUGAAAAAAAAACAGGAAUUGGCAAUUUUAUGCUAAAAUAGCUGAAUAAAAAUUAUUUCUAUUUUUACCUAAAAUUUGUCAAUUUAUUUAACCCCUUAGGGACACAUGACAUGUGUGACAUGUCACGAUUCCCUUUUAUUCCAGAAGUUUGGUCCUUAAGGGGUUAAAUACUUCCUGAUGAUUCCCAGUUAACUUAUACUAAGUUUGCUCAUCAAUCCAUAUUAAAGUGAGUCUUGUAUUAAUGUCUCACUUUCAAUAGUACUUCAUUCUCCUUAUUGAUAUGUCUGUUUUUUGGUUUUUUUUUAACCCCUUCAGGACCAAUACUAUUUCACAGGAAUGUCACGUUAAUAUGUGGGUUCAGAUCCUGAAGGUGUAACAUGAACAAGAAGGCAGUAACAGUAAUAGAAAUGAUCACAUACUCUCAUAAAAAAAGUUUAUAACAUUGAAAGUAUUUAAAAUCUAUACUCCGGCUCCUGACAAAUGACUAAUAUUUAGCUAAUAUUGGGGUUUGAACCCAAUACACUUUAAAUUGAGCAGCCAUACUGUUAUAUAAUGACAAUUACUACACCAGACGCAGUGGAGUGCACUUUGUCAUCCAGCAGUAAAUUGGGAUUACUGAAUAGUUCGUAAGUAUUGAGAUUUUUGUUUUUUUUCAUUGGUAGUAGUCUGUUGUGAAUGUUCAGUUUUUUUUUUUUCUCUAUAUUGGAAGAAGAUUGUAUCAAAUGGAAAUCUUCUAAACUGUGUCUAUGUCAUGAUCACAAACUUUGUCUCUAAAAUUACACUGACAAAAAAAUAAUUUAUUUUCAGAACUCACCAUUUCUCCAGAAAAAAUUAAUUGUUGCACGCAGAAAAUGAUCUUUCUUUUGGCAUUGCUCUACCCGCUCUGUAUUACUGCCUAUCCCAAUGGACAGGGUAUAGAGGGAUCAUGCACCUCAAUGAUUCCAAGUCAUGGAGCAUCAGCUCAAACAAGCAGCGCCCCUUAUACUGUGGGACUGUCUAAAUCAACCUACAGUUCAGGAGAGAGAAUUACAGGUAAAUCUGUCUUAGAUACACUCAGAGAAGAGUUCAAAAUAUAUUUAUAGUUCCAUUAGUUUUUUGGUUGUUCUAUUAUUUUAUAUCAAUUAAUGUAUUUGACUGAGAUAUAUAUAUAUAUAGCAUUGUUAAUAUAACAAAAACAGUUUGCGCAACAUCGAUGUAACCUGGCAGCCAAGGAGAGGACUAGAAUGUGCAUGUGUGAUCAAUAAGCUAAAGUUGUAUCCUUUUAAAAUUUGUGUAAAAUAGACAUCUGUUGCAUGCAUGUUUGAGUGUGAAUUGCUGGAUAGUAAGGCUUACGCUAAAGAUACAUAAUGUUUUAUAUAUAGUGCAGAAAAUAAAAAAAAUUAAAAUCUUGGUUGGUGGUGCUACCUCUCAUUUUACAGUCACUCUCAGCACUAAUCCAGGAGCAACCCAGUUCACUGGUUUUCUGAUCCAGGCUCGUGCCGGUAGCAGUAACACACCUAUAGGAUCUUUUGAGACCAGUAACUCAAAUGCACAAACAUUGACGUGUACUACCAGUGCGGUGAGUAUAAUUAAAGAUCCCAGAAAGGUUAUAAUGACUUGAAACAAAAUGAAUAAAAUAUUAGGAGACUACAUUGUUUCAGUAGUUACUGUAUAUUUGCAUAUGUGCUGAUCCUAUUAUAGAAAGAUAUACACUACUGUACUUCACUGAAUGUGCGGCAUCAUCAACAAACAGUGAAAAAAUCCUACAGCUGAAUUAAUUGGUAAAACACAGAUUAUGAUUGUGCUAUGUUGUGAGCUGAUGCUUUUGCACACAUUUAGCCUUCCUGCUGUGUGUAUUUGAAAACCUUGAUAAGAGGAAACCCUUGAAGCAAGGGGGUCCUGAGGUGAAGCUCUAGUGACACAGAGAUACCCUUGUCUAGAAAAUAACUAGAGUGGGUAUAUGGACAGUAACCAGGUAUAAGGGGAAAAGAAGGGGAGUGGGGAAGGUUGGAUAGGGUAUCUGUACAGAGGAGGGUGGGUAUGAAUCAGGAAAUGUUGGGAAGGACCAAUUGCCAAUGAAGCUGUACAAAGAGAAACUACUACCCACAAACAUAGGUCCCCCCCAGGAUGCGACAGUCCAAAACUAGGUAACCAAUGAGUACCAAAGGCUAAGCCAAUAUAAUAUAACCUUAAGGUAAGAAGGAAUAGCCCUAAUGGUACUCUGGUACCGUGGAGGACUGCACUGAUCCUACUAACACCACAAUUCUCCCCUGCCUGGCAAAAAUAGUGCUAAAAGUUAAAAGUUUAAUAAUUUUAAAUAGGCAUAAGAAAACCUAGUGCUACCAAGUGAAAAGCAAAAUAAAGAAAGGUGCUCAAAUAGUAUGCUCAGGACUACUUAAAUAAUUAUAAAAAUAAAAAACUUUAUAACCUACAUAGUAACAUAUUUACAACACGUAUCUACUGCACUAGUAAACAGUAACUAGACUCUGUGGGUGGAAAGUAAAAAGUCUUAUCUGUCGUUUACAGAAAUGAGGAGAAGAGAAGCCUUCAUUUAGUCCCUGUGGUGAGAACAUGUUAAGUUUGUAAAUCCAAAAAGAUUCCCUCUGCCUUAACUUGCGAUCCCAGUACUUUAAAAAUGCCAGAUUGCUGUGUGCAGUUUAGAUAGACCUAUGCAACCUCUUUACCAGGCUUCCCAACUGUCCUAUUUCGGUGUCCUGUCCUGCUGUCUUGAAUUUUUUUCCCAGGUGUCCCACUUUGAAGACACUAGAAAAUAUGCGCAGGUGUUUCAUUAGACAUGAAUACACUGAGAGCACUUGCACCAUGCAGAAAAUGCUGUAACAAUGCUCUCUGCGUGCUCUGCCUUUAGUGGGCCAGCCUGUGUAAAAGUUCUGACUAUGUAGACCUUUGUUGAUAGUGUAAUAUCUUUCGUUUUUACCAGCUUGUCCAAGCUUGCCAUAGCUUUCCUCCCCAGAAGCAAACGUCUUUUAAUUUCAUGACUGCAGACACCAUCUAAAGAGAUCUUGAAACCCAGGAAAAUUAAAUCUGUCACUGCCUCCACUUCUUCCCCAUCUAUUUGGUAGGAACUAAGAUUGCUGUUUGCCAUGAUCUUAGUCUUUUUAACGUUAAGCAGCAAGCCAGCUUUUGCACUCUCUUCUUUUACCCUCAUCAACAGGUCCUUUAGUUCUUCUUCACUUUUAGCCAUCAGAGUAGUAUCAUCCAUGUAUCUGAGGCUGUUGAUAUUUCUUACAGCAAUAUUGAUUCCAGCUUUGGAUUCAUCCAGCCUAGCCUUAUGUAUUAUGUAUUCUGCAUAGAAGUUGAAAAAAUAAGGUGACAAUAUGCAACCUUGUCGCACUUGUUUCCCUAUCUUGAACCAUUCUGUUGUCCCAUGUUCCGUUCUGACUGUGGCUUCUUCAGAUUCCUCAGGAGGUGGAUGAGAUGAUCUGGUACUCCCAUCUCUUUAAGAACUUGCCACAUGUUGCGAUCCACACAGUCAAAGGCUUUAUAAUAGUCUAUCAAGCAGAAGUAGAUGUUUUUCUGGAACUCUCUGGCUUUCUCUAUUAUUCAUCGUACAUUGGCAAUUUGAUCUCUUGUGCCUCGUCCUCUGCGGAACCCAGCUUGUACAUCUGGUAAUUCCCGGUUCAAAUAUCGUUUGAGCCGAUCUGGUAGGAUCUUAAGCAUUACCUUGCUGGCAUGUGAAAUUAGUUUGAUAAUGCAAUUGUUCGAUAAUUGGAGGACUCUUUGGCAUUGCCUUUUUUUGGGAUUGGGAUGUAGACUGACCUUUUCCAGUCUUUUGGCCACUGUUGAAUUUUCCAAAUUUGUUGACAUAAGCAGAAUUUUCACAUCAUCUUGCAGAAUUUUGAAUAGUUCAAUUGUGAUUUCAUCAUAUUUUGCAGCCUUGUUAUCUGCAAGGCAUCCUAGGGUCCAUCUCACUUUACUCUCCAAGACUUCUGGUUCCAUCUCAUUGGACUACCUAUUGAGGUAAUCACUGCUGUUAAGAUCCUUCCUGUAUAGAUUUUCAGUGUAUUCCUGCCAUCUCUUCUUAUCUGAUCUUCUUCUGUUAAGUCCCUGUCAUUUUUGUCUUUUAUCACACCCACUUUGGCAUGAAAGGUAACUUUUAGAUCCCCAAUUUUCUUGAAUAGAUCUCUCGACUUUCACAUUCUGUUAUCUUCUUCUAUAUCUUUACAUUGCUCAUUGUAGAAUGUCUCCUUGUCUCUUCUUGUAUCCUUUGAAAUUAUGCAUUCAGUUGGACACAUUUUUUCCGAUCUCCACUAGCUUUCGCUUUCCUUGUUUCCUGGGCUAUUUUUUUAAAACCUCAUCAGAUAGCCAGUUUGCCUUCUUAGAUUUCUUUCUUUUGGGGAUAUUUUUUCUUGCGGUUUCCUGGAUAAGAUUGCAAACUUCAGUCCAAAGUUCUUCAGCCAUUCUAUCGACCAUGUCUAGUCCCUCAAAUCUAUUCUGUACUUCCACUGCAUAUUCACAUGGGAUAUUAUUCAUGUCAUAUCUGAUUCAUCUGAUGGUUUUCCCUCUUUUUAAUUUUGCAAUGAGAAGCUCAUGGUCUGAGCUACUGUCAGCUCCAGGCCAUGUUUUUGCUGACUGUAGAGAGCUCCUCCAUCUUUGGCUGCAAAGUAUAUAGUCAAUGUAAUUUCUAUAUUGUCCAUGUGUAGAGUCGUCUCGGAGGCUGUUGGAAGAAGGUGUUUUCUAUGACCAGAGAAUUAUCUUGACAGUAUUCUACUAAUCUCUAACCUACUUAAUUUUAAACUCCAAGGCCAAACUUGCCAGUUAUUCCAGGUGUCUUUUAGUUCCCUACUUUAGCAUUCCUGUCUCCUAUGAGGAUAGUAACAUCUUUUUUUGGUGUUAUAUCUAUCAUGUGUUGAAUAUCUUCAUAGAACUGGACAAUUUCAGCCUCUUCAGUAUCCAUGGUUGGAGCUAAAACCUGGAUCACUGUGAUGUUAAAUGGCUUGCCUUAAAUUUGAAUUAAAAUCAUUCUGUCAUUUAUUGGGUGUAGCCGAGCACUGCUUUGCCCACCUGAAUAUAUACUAUGAUGGCUACUCCAUUUCUUAUUUAGGAUUCUUGACCACAAUAGAAGAUGUGAUGGUUGUCUGAUGUGAAAUGUCCCAUUCCAGUACAUUUGAGUCCACUUAUUCCCAGGAUAUCGAUGUUUAACUUUGUCAUCUCAUGUUUGAUCACAUCCAAUUUGUCUUGGUUCAUAGUUCUAACAUUCAAGUUUCCUAUGUUCAAUUGUUUUUUGCAGCAGCAGACUUUCCUUUCCCCUCCAAACACAUCCGCAGAUGGGUGUCCUUUUGGCUUUGGCCCAACUACUUCAUUAAAUCUGGUGCUACUCUUCCUCACCCUCUGCUCUUCCUCAGUAAUGUAGUAGGCACCUUCUUAUCUGAGGGGCUCAUCUUCCAAUGCCAUAUCGUUAUGUCUGUCCAUAUAGUUAUCUUAGCAAAGUUACUGGAGUGGGUUGCUAGUUCCUUCUCCAGUGGACCGUGAUUUGUCUGACUUCUCUGCUAUGACCUGCCCAUCUUGGGUGUCCCUACAUGGUAUAGCUCAAAGCUUCAUUGAAGUACACAAGCCCCUUCACCACGGCAAGGUAGCGAUCCAGAAGAGUACAUUGAUUUUAGGGGUAUGCUUUAUUGUGAUAUCGGACACUUGUUAUCCAAGAUCAUACCAUCAGCUUUAUUCACUAAAGUGUGAAUUGUAAGGACUUUAAAAUUAAUUUAAAGGGACACAAUAAGCAUUACAAAAACUACAACUUAAUGUAGUUGUUCUGGUGAACAUAGUCAGUCGCUGCUAGCUUUUUGCAGUGUUUACAUUUUCAGAGAAAAGGCAGUGUUUACAUUUCAGCCUAAGGACACUUCAAGUGGCCACUCCCCAGAAGGCUACUAGAGGUGCAUCAUAAAGCAGUGCUACACAGUGUGCAGCACUGACAUUCAGUGUCUCCACCCUCUGCAUGGAGACAUUGCAUUUUCCUCAUAGAGAUGCGUUGAUUUAGCUCAACUCCCCUAUGGGAAAGCAUUGUGAAGCAUUGUGGCUGAGAUAAUCACUUCUGAUGUCAGACAAGGAGGCAGAUCAGGGGUAGAGCCAGCACCAGCAAGCUGGAAUAAAGGUAAGAUUUUACUAUAUUUAUGAAGGAAAUCGGGAUCGAUAGUGUUUGUAACACUAUAGGUUCAGGAAUACAUGUUUGUGCCCCUUAUCCUAUUGUGUCCCUUUAAAGUGAAUAUCAAAUAUGUGAAUUUCAAAUAUGUAAAACUAUAAAACGAUCUCCAAGUCGGCUAUUUUCUAAACUAAUUUGACCUAAAAAUCAAAAGUUACUUUGCAUCCAUUACAUUUUGCAGUUUAGUAAUAUCACUGCAGGUGUAUUACAGCUUUAACACUAAUUGUUUUAUUAAUUCCAACAGAGUGCGGUGAGUCAUACCAGUAACUCGAAGAAAUCAAACAUAGAAGUAACUUGGGUAGCACCAAAUGCUAACAUUACAAAUCUCCAAUUCAGGUAAAUCUCCCUCGUAGUAUAAGCUGGAGCAACUGGUCUUCACAAUCAUGAACUUUACACUGGUGAUAAAUGUGGUUGAUGUAAUGAUGUAAUAUACAAAUGUGAUGAUUAUGCAUUUUAAUGUUAAUCUUUUUAUUUACCUUUGACAGAGCCACAGUUGUACAAGUGGAAAAAACAUUCUGGAUAAAUGUUGCUAGUUCUACACUAACCUAUGUUGCAGCAACUACAUCCAGUACAACAGUGAGCACCCCAAUUACAGCUACACAAUCUAAUUAUUUUGGAAAUACCAGCAUCGCGACUGUAGCUAAACAAUCUAAUUCCUCAGGAAGCCCUAGUACCACAACUGUAGCUAAACAAUCUAAUAACAGUGGAUCCAUAUUGUCGGUAAGUAUUACAACUGCGCCUGUCCAAUUACUCAGAAUAGCUAGUAGUAAUAGUAAUGUAAUAUAAAGAUGCACAUCGUCAACUAAUGGAUACUCAGACACAGGGUGCCAUGCCUGCAGGGGGCGCCAUGCUGGCAACAUAGCUCGCACAUGCUCCAGGUGACAGGAGUGAGGACAUGUAUAGAGUAUACAGCAGGUCUGCUCAACCGGGUGGAGAACUUCAUUAUCCUCCACAAACUCCAUACACUCCAAAAAACACACCUAAGAAGGCAGCGAGGGCAGAGCUUCAUGCUCGGCGAGAGAGGAGCUAAAAGGGCUGCGGGGGCGGAGCUAAAAGCAUCCGCUUCCCUUAACCUCUGCUCACUAAGUGGGAAGCAGGAAGAAACCCCUGCUUCCCCAACUAACAGGUAGCAGGAACUGCAGUGCCUUCCCUCCUCACUCAAGUCCGUAAUGGCAAGAGGUAAUGUUGUAUGUGUGUGACUGUAUGUAAAUGUGUGUGUGUGUGUGUGACUGUAUGUAACUGUGUGUUUGUGACUGCCAGUAACUGUGUAUGUGUGUGUGUAUGUGUGAGUGCCUGUAACUGUGUGUGUGACUGGAUGUAACAUUGUGGGUGACUGUGUUUCCCUGUCUGUCUGUAACUGUGUGUGUAUCUUUGAGCCUGUAACUGUGUGUCUGUCUGCCUGUAACGGUCUGUGUGUGACUGUCUAACUGUGUUGUGUGUGUGUGUGUGGCUAAAAUAAACAAAGAACCCUGCACACUGAUACUUUGUAAAUGCUCCGGCUAUCCACAGUGUGUGUGGCUGUGUGUAACUGUGUGACUGUGUGUGUGACUGCCUGCAACUAUGUAUGUGUAUCUGUCUGCCUGUAAGAGUGUGUAACUGUCUAACUGUGUGUGUGACUGUCUAACUGUCUGUAUGUGACUGUCUGCCUCUAACUGUGUGUGUGACUGCCUGCAGCUCUGUAUGUGUAUCUGCCUGCCUGUAACAGUGUGUGUGUGAGUGAGUGUGUGUGACUGUCUAGUUAGGAAGGGAAUACCCUUCAUUAUCUCGAGAACCAUCACUACUCAAGGUUUUAGAAUAUUUUACCUAUCCAUUUUAUUUAUAAAACGUGUUUGUGAGAGCUGAAAAUAUAUUAUUAAAUGUAGAGAUACAGACUGCUCUCUUCACCUCUAUCCUGAUAGAUCCAUCUUCACUCCCUGUCAAUCAUUGUAUAAGCCCCACCCUUUGCAUCUGUCAAUCAGCACAGAGAGCAUAGAGAGGGAAAAGGAAAGCUUAAUAACAAUCCCUUUUCUCCUCCUCCUCCAACAUAAUGUGUGCCCUGCCAUGCUUGGACUAAAGGAUUGUGAUGUCAGUAGUAAUUCUUGAAUGCAUUGUUAAUAUACAAUUGAAAUAAAGCAAAGCAUCAUAAAAAAAAAGUAUAAUUUAAGCAUUCAAUUUCUAGAGAAGCAACAAUUCAUCUUUUGGAAAAUAAAUUACAUUUUGUAGAAAAAUUCAUUAGAUUUGUAACUCUUUUGGUUUGCAUUUAUCCAAGCUGCUUUUAACAAUUUUUGUUAUGCGUGUUCUACUGCCACGGGGUAAGCUUUUCACAUUAGAUAAAUAAUGCACAUUUACUUCCCAAGUUAGAUGGGUAAUCCAGACGUGGACCCCAUGCUCACUGUGCCUAAAAGUAUAUUAGCUACACCUGGCUGACGAGACCUUAAGGUGGCCAAAAUGGUCAUCCAGGGUUGCUAUAUCUUUCGUGCAGAGAGAUCUUGCUGACAUUUCGUUCUGGACUUUCGGUUCUGGACUGCCCUUAUGUCUGAUGUGCAAUAGUUUAAUUUCACUUUGUAAGGGCACAAAUGAGCAAAAUCUAUUUUGAGACCGGAGUGGGGAUUUACUGAAGGGCAAGCUAUUUAGUUUCUCUAAGCUUUUGUCUGUUCUCAGAGUUCUCAUAUUCUCUGUUUUUGUUUCACACUGACAUGCUUCUUGUUUCAUACAGUUUCCCGUCUUAUACGAACUCCUGAUUGUUACUAUAAUUGUCAUCACUGGUUUCACACAAAUUUGAAGAUAGCCUUCAGGAUGUCUAUUCUAUUGCCAGCACAUGGCUACACAACUGUAUACUGUAACAUCAUUCUGUUAAACACCAAUGAAUCAAAUAUGGAAUUUCUGGAGACUUUAGCUAAUUAAAUAGAAAAUGUAAAUAUGUUUUACUAUAUGAUUGUAAAGAUCUAAUUAUGCUUAUUAUGAUUGCUUUCAUACAUUGACAAUAUAUGUAGUUGGUCAACAUUUAACUAUAAACAUAAAAGUAUUGAUUGUCUGAACUUUUUACAUUACCAUCUUAAAGGGAUUCUUUAGU